GUUAACAGGGCAGGGGAUAUAAAAAAAAAAAUUGGCACUGUUAAAAAUAUAGGACCACAAUUAUAAAAGUGGGAAUACAAUUCAUUUGUAAAUAGCUAAAAUAUUCCCCCCAUUCUUUUUAUUACAUAUUUACCAGAAAUAUGUUGACCUCAACUCUUGCAGGGUCCUGCAAACAAAGUCGGCGCUGUCAAUGUAAAAAUUCCAAACAACUUACGACUUUAUGGAUAGAAGAGUGUAAAAGUCAACUAUCACAACCUAGACGACGUCUGACAACUUCAAAACAUAAAAAUACAUUAGUUACCCAGACGCCCCAUCAACAUAUCUUACCACGACCUUGGAUACCAACCUCCUGGAAUAGAUCGGUUACCACAGUCACCAGCUCGUCAGAAAUGUCAAAAUCAAAUAAUUCGGAUCAUUACGACGACGUUCUCUCUGUUGCACUCAACCAAUCGAAUGCUUCCAUUGCGCAAUCACUUAUCGACAAUACUUUUUCAUUGUUACGAAAGGAUAGUCCAGAAUUAGCUUGGGAGUGUUACCGCGAUCUGACCUGUCGACAUAUUCAAAAAUAUCUUUCCCGAGAUCAAUACAGACAGCUCAUUAAGCUCUUCAAUCAUUCCAAAACACAUCAUACACAAUGUCUCGAAUAUAUGUUAACUCUUGUCGAAGAUAUGAAGCAGCUAGGAUAUCAAGUGGGUCGAAAAGAAAAACUUUUACUGAUGCGGUCACUUGGGUUGAAUGGCAAUGUGAAAGCUAUGGAAAAAAUAUUUGAGGAUUUGAAGAGCGAAGAGCUAUUAUUUGUUUCAUCACCAAUAGACGGGGCAGCACAAAAGCCUUUUAAUAUUAUGUUAACUACAUACGCAGAACAAGCCGAAUCGAUAGGGCCGAUGGCGGUUGCUGAAAAAUCGAUGUAUGUUUAUGGGGAAAUGUUGGAUAGGAACAUACAGCCUACAGCUUCAACUACAGCUUUACUUAUGGACAACAUCAAACUGGGAGGUAGAUCGGAUAGAAUGGCUGAGAAAGUUUGGGAAUGGAUAUGGACGAAGAUCGGUAUGAAUGUGGCAGGAAAAUCUAAAGAAUUGGAUCCUGUUUUAUAUCGAGACAUGGUUAUAUAUUUAUCGAGUGCCGGUAGACCUGAAUAUGCUUUGGAGAUUAAUGACAUUAUGACAAAAAGAAAAAUCCCUCGAACUGUACGUAUGAUGACUUCUUUGAUUCAUAAAGUAGGUAGAGCUGGUGAUAUCGACAGAUCUAUGGGAUUACUGGGGGAAAUGAUGGCGGCAAAUCUUGUACCCACUUUGGUAACUUUUAAUGCUUUGAUUGAUAUUCAUGCUCACAAAAAACCCGAACCCGACGUCGCCGGCGUAAAAUUAAUCUAUAACAUGCUGGGUGAAGUAGGACUCCUGCCGGAUAAUAUCACAUUUGGUACCUUAAUUGAUAUGUACGCCAAGAAAGGCGAACUUGCAGCCGCUAGGAAAUUAUUGGAUGAUAUGAAGUCGCAUAAAAUCACACCAAGUCCUUAUAUUUUCUCUUCGUUCAUUGAAUGUUUUAUCGUUUUAAAUGACCAUGACUCUGCCAUGGAUAUCCUAAAACUUUUGAAAAAACAAGCCAGUCGUGGUCUUCCACCUGCUCGUGAAGCUUAUAAUUUAAUGUGCAAGGGUCUUGUUGAAAGCAAGUACAUUCGUGAAGCCAUCAUGUUACUGGAGGUGAUGAACAAGGAACAGAUGGGUCUGGAAGCAAGAUCAUUUAACCCUUUAAUGUCCUACUAUGCAAAACGAGGGGAUCCUGAAGGUGCGCACAAGGUGGCUUCCAUGAUGACACAGGCAGGAGUGAAACCAAGCUCGCAUUCGUACACUAUAUUGAUGAAUGCUUAUGCUAGGGCUGGCGACAUUGAAGGAGCAGAAAAUAUCUUUCAAAUUCUCAAAAAAAAGUACCGACCCACUUCCCACGCAUACAAUGCAUUACUAUAUGUAUAUACCAAAAAUAAUGUUAUGGACAAAGUGCUGGAUACAUACAAGCGUAUGUCAAAAUCAUUUGUCAACCCCAAUGAAUAUACAUAUGGUAUUUUAAUGUACUUUUACUCAAGACGUAAAGAGAUUAAAUCUGUUGAAUCACUCAUUGAGACUAUGCAAUCGAACAAUAUUACACCUGGGGCUGUCUGCUGGACUAUAUUGAUGCAAACUUAUUUCGAAUGCGAUAAACUCGAUGAAGGAAAGAAGGUAAUGGACCGUAUGAUUCAAGCUGGAUGGGAACCUUCAACUGUUACUUGGAGUGUCUUGAUCAACGGUUUCAUCAAAGCUGAUAAGUUAGAUCUUGCUGAAUCAGCUCUAACAGAAGUCAUCGACCGUUCCAAACAAACUAUCACAAUACACCACAAGCGUCGACUCUUGAAAGAUGCAGUCGAUCAUGUAGACUAUGAUAAAGCACUCCCUGAAACGAUUGAGGAUAUUUUAAACAAGGCUUCGCCGGAUGGAUCUAGGACAAAAGCAAAGCUUUCUGCAUAUCUAUUCUCUCCGAUCAUUGAUACUUAUGCUAAAGCAGGUAACUUCGAGCAAGCCAAAUUAUCAUACAAAACAAUGGUCGAACUUUCUGUACCCACCACUCUUCCUGUUUUUGUCACACUCAUGAAUAUCUUUGAGCAAGAAGCCAAUUAUGACGCAGUUGAAUCAAUGUGGAAUGCACUUUACAAAAACAACACGUCAAAAUUAGAAAAUCUUGACCCCUUAUUUAAGGAACCUAUACCUGUGCCCGACAUUGAAUACAACUACACCAAUUUACUAACGCUGGACGAGCAAGACUCUACCGAAAUCAGCAAGCUGUUGAAACCAAAGCAAGUAUCCCCUUUUGCAUUGUCAGUUUAUGUCAACUCGCUUAUCGCUCAAAAACGGUAUGACAAUGUGGAAGCACUCUGGACCGAACUUUCUAAAAACAGAUACUCAUUUGAUGAACACAACUGGAAUCGCUAUAUAGUGGCAUUGGUCGAAGCCGGAAAGUUAGAUAAAGCAUGUCAACUGAUAUCUACAGAAUUUUUCUACAAGUCCGAAGACAAUGGUGUAAGCAAUGUCAAGAAGACACACCGUAAAAGGGACGAUAUUUUCAUUUCGAAUAACGACCAACUUCAUACCCGCACUUGUACUUUGCUAGCUGACGCACUACAAAUUACUGGCGCAGAAAACAUGGGCGAACCUCGUUUAAGAGCCGUUGUUUCUAGUACGAUAAAAGAGUAUGUCAGCUAUUUAGACAGGGUAGAUAGAUUAGAGGCGAAUGUGGAAAAUAUUAAAGUGUAAAAUAAAUAUGUACAAUAACUAAUAGAAUAAUAAAU